AGCAAGCCUCACCUGGACUGCAGGUAGAGAGGAAACAUCUGUCCGUCCGUGUCUGCUGGACAUCAAGCCUGAUGUGGGACAGGAACGGAAGAGAAGUGAAGGGUCACGUUAUGAAGCAUCUGAUCCAGCUGUAGCAUGUGCUGCCCGUUAUCCUAAUGAAGUUACUACAGCCGAGAAAGAGCGCUUCUUCACGCUUCUCCAGGCCAGAAACAAAACCCACAUUGAUGACAGCCUCCUAGUGAACUUCAAGCUCUGUGAACUGUUAUUACUCUCACAUGGAGUCAAACAGACAUCACUUCGCCAUCUAAAAACACUAAAGCAAGACUCUGAGUUACAGAGGAAAAGAACAAAGUGAUAUGAUGAUUAUUUGAUCCCUAACCUUAACCACUCGCUCACUUAAAGUUCACAACAUAUUCUUCACAAGCAGCCUGUUCUGUAACCAUGUUCUAAUAAUGAAACUGAAGAAAUAACAAAUACAGCUUUUACAGAACUCGUAAAACACUUCUCAUCAAUUAAACAUUUCUGUCUCAGACUUAAGAACUGAAGUUCUGCAUCAAUAGUCUCAUUCGUUCAUGAGUCUGUAGUGUAGGUCAUUGGUCCAGAUGUUUCCGCGCGCCCCCUGCUGUCCAAACCUGCUUCCUGCAUCAGUGACGCAGAACUCGUGCUUCUGUGUCCACCAGGGGGCGCUCACACAACACUACAGCACAGUGAGCUCGAUUCAACGCUUCAUCUCAUUCAGGGUUAAUGAAAAGCAUUCCACCCUUUUUUUUUCAACGAGGAAGUAGUUUUCUGUGAAUGUGUGACACUUCCGCUUUAUUCGCUGAUGUAGGGAAAGAACGAGAAGAAUAACAAAGUCCAAGAAUGACAAAAUACAAUUUUUAAAGAAACACCAGUUUGAAAUAACAAGUAGCAAAACAAGCUGUUUUGUACAGAAUAUCUCUCCAGAUUCUGAUGAAACAGAGGUUUUGCACACGUCUCUCAAACACAAGACCAGUAACCACGUCACAGUUUCUGAUAAGAGAAAGUGAAAGUGAAGAGCUUUACUCUCUCUCUCUCUCUCUCUCUCUUUCUCUCAUGAUGGCCGAAGCCAGUAUUCCAGUGGCUCAGGAUGAGUUCUCGUGUCCGGUGUGUCUGGAUCUCCUGAAGGAUCCGGUGACUGUUCCCUGUGGACACAGUUACUGUAAGAUCUGUAUUACAGACUGCUGGGAUCAGGAGGAUCAGAAGAGAGUCUACAGCUGUCCUCAGUGCAGACAGACCUUCAGUCCAAGACCUGCUUUAUCUAGAAACACCAUGCUGGCUGAAGUGGUGGAGAAACUGAAGAAGACCAGACUCUCUGAUGACUGUUCCUCUGGAUCUGGAGAUGUGCAGUGUGACGUCUGUACUGGGAAGAAACUCAAAGCCGUCAAGUCCUGUCUGGUGUGUCUGAACUCUUACUGUCAGAAUCACCUCGAGCAACACGAGAGCUUCUUCAGAGGAAAGAAACACAAACUGACCGAAGCCACUGGACGACUGCAGGAGAUGAUCUGCACUAAACAUGAAGAACCGCUGAAGCUCUACUGCAGAACCGACCAGUGCUGCAUCUGUUAUCCGUGUGUGAUGGAGGAACACAAGAACCAUGAAACUGUGACGGCAGAAGCAGAGAGGACAGAGAAACAGAGGGUCCUGAAGGAGACUCAGAAGACGCUCCAGCAGAGAAUCCAGCAGAGAGAGAAAGAUCUCCAGCAGCUGAGAGAGACUGUGGAGUCUCAUAAGCGCUCUGCACAGACAGCAGUGGAGGACAGUGAGAGGAUCUUUACUGAGCUCAUCCGCUCCAUUGAGAGAAGCCGCUCUGAGCUGAUACGACUGAUCAGAGAUCAGGAAAAGACUGCAGUGAGUCGAGCUGAGGGACGACUGGAGCAGGAGAUCAAUGAUCUGAGGAGGAGAGACGCUGAGCUGGAGCAGCUUUCACACACACAGGAUCACAUCCAGUUCCUGCAGAGUUUCUCCGUUCCUCCUGAAUCCACAGAGCAGCCCGUCACCAUCAGCUCUCACUUCUCUUUCUCUGACCUGGAGAAAUCAGUUUCUAGACUCAAAGACAAACUGGAGGAUUUCUGCAAAGAAGAGAUUGAACAGAUUUCUGACAGAGUGACAUACAUCGAAAUCAUUCCCCUCGAGGAGUUGAAGACCAGGCCAGAGCUUCUGUGAUAUUGCAGGUUUCUCACUCUGGAUCUGAACACCGUGAAUAAAGGCAUCCUUCUGUCUGAGCGAAACAGAGCGGCUCUAAGCACUGAAACAGUCCAGUCGUAUCCUGAUCAUCCAGACAGAUUUGAUUGUGUGUGGCAGGUG